AUGUGGAUUGGUGACCUAACUGUGUUGACCCGACCACAUCAACACAACCAUAAACGUGCCAUAGACACUCAGGUGGAGACACUCUGUUACACCGUCGGAAAUGACACUUGUACAAACAUGGAUGAUCAAGUUAACAGUGACCACGACACAACAGGAAGACACACAGGGGAGCAGGGAAAGAGAACAACCUCCACUGUCCCCCACAAGCCUCCACUGUCCCCCACAAGCCUCCACUGUCCCCCACAAGCCUCCACUGUUCCCCCACAAGCCUCCACUGUUCUCCCACAAGCCUCCACUGUUCCCCCACAAGCCUCCACUGUUCUCCCACAAGCCUCCACUGUUCCCCCACAAGCCUCCACUGUUCUCCACAAGUCUCCACUGUUCCCCCACAAGCCUCCACUGUUCUCCACAAGCCUCCACUGUUCUCCACAAGCCUCCACUGUUCUCCACAAGCCUCCACUGUUCCCCACAAGCCUUCACUGCUCCCCACAAGUCUCCACUGUUCCCCCACAAGCCUCCACUGUUCCCCCACAAGCCUCCACUGUUCUCCACAAGCCUCCACUGUUCCCCCACAAGCCUCCACUAUUCUCCACAAGCCUCCACUGUUCUCCACAAGCCUCCACUGUUCUCCACAAGCCUCCACUGUUCCCCACAAGCCUUCACUGCUCCCCACAAGCCUCCACUGUUCUCCACAAGCCUCCACUGUUCUCCACAAGCCUCCACUGUUCUCCACAAGCCUCCACUGUUCUCCACAAGCCUCCACUGUCCCCCACAUGCCCCCACUGUUCUCCACAAGCCUCCACUGUUCUCCACAAGCCUCCACUGUUCUCCACAAGCCUCCACUGUCCCCCACAUGCCCCCACUGUUCUCCACAAGCCUCCACUGUUCCCCACAAGCCUCUACUGCUCCCCACAUGUUUCCAGUCAUCAGACAUUAUAUGGACUUGUUCUCACUGGGUCAUCAAUAUGCUUCUUCACAUCAUCAUUGAUGAACGUGUCGGAGACAUGUACUCUACUGGAAUCAUCAUUGCUUCUUCAUGUCAUCGUUGAUGGAAGUGUUAGAGAUAAACACUCAGCAACUACCAAAUUGCGUUCAGAAGACGAAGAUAACAAAGCUUAA